AUGCUCCCCAAGAUUCCCUGCCUGCAGGCCUACGUCGACAGCCGGGGCAUCACCGCCCUGGCGAACCCUUCGUCCGGCGCGACGUCGACCUCCUGGGACCCCGCGGCCGUCAUCUCCACCUGGCGCGACGCGCUGUUGCAGGGCAAGGACAACGUUGAGUGGGGCAACAACGUGUUCCCCGGCCAGUCCAGCACGCUUCUCAAGUCGACGCUCGUCGCCGCCGAGACCGACCUCGACCAGCGCCUCCUCGAUGCUGCGCCGGCCUGCGGGGCCGCCUGCCAGGCCGCCCAGCGCCAGGCCCUGCAGUCGCUGUUCCAGGCCACCAACGGCCCCAGCUGGGCGAACGCCGAGAUGUCUGCGACAUGGGCGUCGGAGCUGCACCACUGCUGCUGGCCGGGCGUCGUGUGCUGCCACGCGGACAACACGAUGCCGCUGUUCCGGACCGACUCCUCCCUGCGCCCUGUCAGUCUGACCGACUCAAGCGAGCGCGCGCUGGCAUGCAUCCAGCGGGGGGGGGUCGCGGCCGUGGACCUGUCGCGCAGCACAAUCCCUGACACCGCACCGGGCAUGUCCGGCAGCGGGCGCGCGGGGGGGCAGCUAUCGGACGGCUGGUUCGAGGCCGUGAGGGGCAGCCUGGAGUAUUUCGACGCAUCGGGGCUGGGGCUGGAAGGGGCGGUCCCGCGGGACGUGCUGGAGGCGGUGCUCCUGCGGAGCCUGCACCUGGAGGACAACGCCUUCGUCGGGGCGCUGCCGGGUCAAGCCCCUGACGCAGGGAGAGGCUGGUGA